GAGGCGCGUCCUUUCCAUCCUCAGUGUGCCCAGGCGCAAAUCUGGGUUUGGACUUUGGAACAGGGGAGUGAAAAAGAGCUAGCUAGUCUUUCAUAGAUCUCCUCGAAUCAAAUCCUUUUCAAAAUUCUCCCACGCACCUUAUUACUGCGAAGGUAGGACCACCCCCCCCCCCCCCCCCCCCCCGGUUUCUCUCUCUCUGUCUCUCUCUCGUUUGUUGUUUGGAAUUCAUCUCUCUUGAUUUGGGAAAUUUUGGGGCUCUAGGGUUAGGGUUUCUGUCAAUACUCUUUAGAGGAAGACGAUUAAAGUCGCAAAGAUGCAACAGCCACCGCAAAUGAUCCCUAUGAUGCCUUCAUUUCCGCCAACAAACAUCACCACUGAGCAAAUUCAGAAGUACCUUGAUGAGAACAAAAAGUUGAUUCUGGCAAUAUUGGACAAUCAAAAUCUUGGAAAACUUGCUGAGUGUGCUGAGUACCAAGCAAAGCUCCAGAAGAAUUUGAUGUAUCUAGCUGCAAUUGCUGAUGCCCAGCCACAGGCACCAACAAUGCCCUCCCCGAUGGCUCCACAUCCUGCAAUGCAACAAGCUGGGUAUUUCAUGCAACAUCCUCAGGCAGCUGCAAUGUCCCAGCAACCAGGUAUUUUUUCCCCCAAGCUGCCUUUACAAUUUAAUAACCCACACCAAAUACAGGACCCUCAGCAGCAGUUGCACCAGCAACACCAACAAGCCAUGCAGGGGCAGAUGGGUAUCAGACCUGGUGGAGCUAACAAUGGCAUGCAUACCAUGCAUUCUGAGGCUGCCCUUGGGGGUGGUAGCACUGGGGGACCAUCUCAAAGUGCAGGCCCAAAUGAUGUACGUGGGGGAACCAAGCAGGAUGCCUCUGAGGCUGUCAUCACUGGUGCUGAUGGUCAGGGGAGCUCAGCUGCAGGGCACGGAGCUGGUGGUGAUGGAGAACCAUCCUACUUGAAGGGUUCAGAGGAUGCAAAAUGAAAUGGCCCCAUGAAGCAGUCCCAAUUUGAAAGAUGUUGCUGUUGAAAGGUGUCACUUGCCGCACUGGUGAUGCUCUCUUGAUCUGCAAUACAUUGAAUCAUUGAUCAAAGAACAUGUUUGAUGAUUUUCAAGCAUUACAAAGUAGGUUAGUUGUGUUCCAUGGUUCCUGGGAUGUCCAUGAAUGGUUAUAUUUUGCAAAGAAAUGGUGAGAUAAGAUCGUUGUAGGUGUAGAAGGGCGCAAUGUUUUAGCCUCCUUUUUUUUUUAUAGACUAGAGAGGAAAGCAUCUGUCCGCCAUUGAAAUAAUCACAUUCAAGAAGCAGUGCUGGAAUCCCAUUUGUAUUUA